AUGAGUGGCGUAUAAAUCAAAGGACCACAAAAUAUUUUGAGAAAACACAAAACAGAACCUGAUAAAUUGAGUAGAUUUCAUUCCAGUGAUAUGAGAGGACCAUUUAAGUACGAACCUCUAUAAAACAUCUCUCACCCUAUACAACCUGAUGAUGAUGUUUCCGUCAGAGAUCCAACUUUAAGGACAGUGGAUAAAUCAAAGCUUUCGCAAUCCCAAUAUUAAAUUAACUCUAUACGAUCGAAGACUCCAAUUAGCGAACCAGAUGAGAGUCCGUUUAUGUUGACAUUUCCAUAGAGGUAACUGGAAACCACACGAAAAAGAAGCAAAAGCAAACUAAUUAUGUACUUUAUAGAAAGGAUCAGAAAAAGAUUUAAAAUAGAUAGUAAGGCUAAAUAAUUUUAAUAUUUGUUCGAUUAAGAAACCAAUUCAAAAGAUUAUAAUUGUACACUUUAUGAAUUUAAAUAGAGGGACUUUGUUACCUUCGUCAUGGAUCUUACAAGCUUGGAACUUGACAUUUUAUUUAAUUUUGAAUUUGAUGAUUGUCCAUGUUCCUCUGUCAACAACUUUGAUCGUAAAGGAUUUGAAUUACGUUUUCUUGGUAUUUAAAUGUCUGGACGUUGGAGUUCAAUUGUGCAGUUCUUUCACAGAGAAUGGACAAUUCAUUACAAACUUCAAAUUGAUUUAAAUCCGAUAUAACAAAUAAUUGUUGUUGCAUGA